AUGGAAUGUGUUGUAUCACAAGUGUUCUUCCUCACUCCUCUGUUGAUCAAUCUUUGCUCGAGUGUGAACGACGAAGAAAACGCUGGCGUUGCCCGUCGAUUAGACGAGCGUCGGAGUGGCAACAUUAUCGUUGAAACGAAUUUUCGGCUUUACGCCUAUACAAGUUCUAGCCUUCAGCUAGCCAUUUUGUCUACGUUCACCGAGAUGACGUACAGAUUUCACGAUAUGUCCGUUGGAGUUCUCACAAGAGAAUCUGUUAGGAGGGCUUUGCAGGUUGGAAUUACCGCUUCUCAGAUAAUUUCGUUUCUUCGAUCAAACGCCCAUCCACAAUGCAUCGCUACAGGAGGUCCACUGAACUGCUUACCUGUUACGGUUGCGGAUCAGAUUCGGUUAUGGGAAGAUGAACGGCGUCGACUGACCUUCACUGAUGCGACGCUGUAUUCUACAUUUGAGGGCGAUUCAGAAUUUAUAGGUGUUCGUGAUUUUUCUAUGAGGGAAGGUAUCCUAUUGUGGGCAGACAGCGAUAAGAAGCUGGUGAUAGUAUCAGAUGAAGGUCAUGAAAAAGUGCGCGGAUGGUGGAAAGCCAACAAAGCUGCCAUGUAA